UAUGGAAACAAAAUAUAAGUAUGUUUCCCAAUUAUCAAGACAACAAACUAAUGAACAUAUUCAGGAAAUUGAAAGGGUCACAAAUAGAAAAAUAUUAGAAGCAGAAACAGCUGAAGACAAAAAAGCUUACCUAUACAAAACAAUAUCCACAUUAACAGAAACAAAAGAUGCUAUUCUCUGGAAGAAUAGAGAUCUAGUAAAAGUUCUAGAAGAAGAAUAUAGUUAUGCAACUAAUCAAGCAUUAAACUUAAACAGAAAAAAUUUUGAGGCAAUGCAAGAUUAUGAACAACGAAUCUUAAUAGAAAGAUUUGCUAGACAAAUAGAACAAUGUGAAAAACAACAACAAGCCAGAAGACAAGGCUUUGAAUUACCAGAAAUAUUACCACCGAAAUAUCUAUAUCAUGAAGAAUAUUUACCAACAGUAAAUAAACCGCAAGAAACAGAACAAAUAGCAGAUAGAUGGCUACUAGAUGAUAACUUUGGAAGAACAUUAGAAUGGUUAAAUAAACAAGAUAAAGAUCAGUAUACCAAAAUACCAGAACAAACAAUAUCAAGAACAACAACAAAACCAAGCUCACCAACUUCACCAACUUUCCUUAAUAAAGCAAAAG